AUUGCCUGAAAGAGGCCAAAGAUGAAAUCCACGCGUUUGUAGCCUCACAAGUUCAUUACUGUGGUUCUCUGCUGGAAUGGCUGCCGGAUAAGCUGCUAGCUCACCUGCUGCCGGUACAACUUGCUGCUGCUCACCUCUUAAGAAAUGCAAGCUCACCUGAGGCCCUCAUGCAGUGGCUGCCUGGUCCCCCAAGAAUGGAUUGGAAAGCAGUGCUGGUCCUCUACAAUUCUGUGACUAACUUGGCUCCAGAAAACCUUGUCAAACUCCUGAGCUUUAAUUCUCCAGUGAUGCUGGUAAAGUCAGCCAUAGGUGACAUUCCAAAAUACCUCACAGAUGAUACAAAUCUUCCUAGGAUCCCUGGUUUUCAUGGAGAUGGUCCCAUAAUGGUUGGAACAUCCGAGGAUACUGCAGCUGCCAACAUGUUGGGCCUGCCAUUCUGCAAACAUCCUGGUGACACAGAAUCCCCUCAACAAAGUUUGUGUAAUUCAGAUGAGCUCUCAGAACACGAAGUAAAAGAAGAUGGCAAUCCUAUUAAAAAACCUAACUCCAGCAAAACCAGUCACGAUCAGACUGCAGCACACGUGAUACCUGGCCAGAUGUCCACUGCAGAGCACUGUGAGGCAUCACCCUCAUUAAGCAGCUCAUUUGAGUUUGUUGACAUAGACGCGAGCCUCUCUUCAUAUGAACCUGUACGCCCUCACUGGUUUUACUGCAAACAAACGGAUUUCAAAGACACUUGGGUGCCAUUUAGUAAAGAAGAUUCACAGAAGCUUGAGGAAGCAUUUAACUCUGCAACAGAAGGCUUGGAGAAGGUAAUUGUUUCUACGGAGGGAGGGCGAUAUGACGUGCAUCUGGCAGACAGAAAGCAGUACCCGGUGUACUGGGAGCAGGCAGUCUCGGAGGUCAGAAGGUGCAGCUGGUUUUACAAAGGUGACAAGGACAAGUUCAUUCCCUACCCCGAAGCCAUAAGUGACCAGCUGGAGGAACAUUAUAUGAUUGCUGUGACUCUAGAUGAAUGGAGAAAAAAAGUCGAGUUUCCAACAGGAGAGACAUUUAUUCUCCAUAACCCAAAGCUCAUCAUGCAGUAUCAGCCCAUGGGGUUUCAAGAUGAAUGGGGCUCAUCUCCAGUAGAGCAGAGUCGCCCCAGAACAGUGAAAAGAGGGGUUGAGAAUAUUUCUGUGGAGAUUGCUGAAGGAGAACCAGAAAAGGUGGACCACUUGGUUUUUAUGGUUCAUGGGAUCGGACCAGCAUGUGAUCUUCGUUUUAGAAGCAUCAUUCAGUGUGUUAAUGAUUUUAGGAGUGUUUCACUAUGCCUGCUGCGGACUCAUUUCCGAAAAGACAAUGAUCAACAGGAGAUUGGAAGAGUGGAGUUCUUACCAGUCAAUUGGCACAGUGCCCUCCAUGGAGAUGCCACAGGAGUUGAUAAGGAUAUUCAGAGAAUUACAUUGCCCAGUAUCAGUAGACUCCGACACUUCACAAACGAUACACUUCUAGACUUGUUCUUUUACAACAGUCCCACCUACUGUCAGACAAUUGUGGAUACGGUAUCCUCCGAGAUCAAUCGACUGUACAGACUUUUUCUUCAGAGAAAUCCUGGAUUCAGUGGUGGUGUUUCCGUGGCAGGCCAUAGCCUAGGUUCUCUCAUCCUCUUUGACCUUCUCACCAAUCAGAAGAAUGCAGAAAGUCACAAAAAUCCUCAGGUAAAUGUGGCAGGCAUUUCCAUUAAGGAGAAUGUUCAUAAUCUUGAAGAGGCCCUUCAAAGUAUUGGUUUGUCUGAAUACACUUCGGUAAUACAGAAGGAACAACUUGACAUGGAAUCUUUGGCCCUGUGUACAGAAAAUGACUUAAAAGAGAUUGGCAUUCCUCUGGGACCUCGGAAGAAGAUAAUGAGCUUCGUGAAGAAGCAAGCAAUGCAGCAGGAGUGCUUUUCUGCAGAGCAGCAGCCUUCAUCUGGUGGUCAGCACCUCAGAACUGUUCUGGACACAGCAGAGACCCAAACUAUCAACAACACUGGGGUGCAGCCUGUCACUCGGACCCUGUCCAUGAGCAGUGUCAGUCCUGUUGAUUAUGAGUACUUCGAUGUGGGCAUUGGACAGGUUUCCAUCAAUUACCCACAGUUAGCCUUUGAACCCGUAACAUUCUUUGCGUUUGGCUCUCCAAUCGGCAUGUUCCUUACAGUGCGGGGACUCAAGAGAAUAGACCCGAACUACAGCUUCCCAACAUGCAAAAAUUUUUUCAAUAUCUAUCACCCGUUUGAUCCUGUAGCUUACAGAAUUGAACCCAUGAUUGUACCAGACACAGAGUUUGAACCAAUGCUGAUUCCACACCACAAGGGCAGAAAGAGAAUGCAUCUUGAGCUGAAGGAGAGCCUGACCCGUAUGAGCACAGAUCUCAAGAAUAACGUACUCGGCUCGCUGCGUACUGCCUGGCAGUCAUUCACUCGCAUCCCUGUGCCAGCACUGCCCGCGGUGGCCAAUGGCGACACUCUACCUGAAGCUGCCACCCAGGAGAGUGAAGUGGUGAAAGAAGAGCCAUGUCAGCCAUUAAAGGAGACAGAAGAAAUUAACAUCAAGACUGGCUUGCUGAAUGGAGGCCGCCGGAUUGACUAUGUCCUGCAGGAGAAGCCGAUUGAGAGCUUUAAUGAGUACCUGUUUGCUCUGCAGAGCCACCUGUGCUACUGGGAGUCCGAGGAUACAGCCUUGCUAAUUCUGAAGGAGAUUUAUCAGAGACUGGGAAUCUUUUUGGAGAAUGUGCAGCAAUAGCAGCUUUAGAGGUCAUGCUCUGCUGCCUUUGAGGGCCAAUGAGAAAGCAGAUCUGCUAAAUUCUUUCAUCUUGCCUGUGCCCCACUUUUACCGCCCUAAAACCCAUCAUCAGCAUUUUAUACUGCAGUCUGGGCACCAAGGAUUUACAGCCCACUUCAGUGGAAAUGCUGAAGGCCUCAUACAGGUGAUCUGGAAAAGGCAGCUACACAGCGUACUACAACAUACCAGAUAAGCAUCAGGCAAAGAGAACGGAAAGAAAUAACCAAAAUGUUUUCUGUAAUGUUAUUUCAGUCCAUGAAAAAAUAAGUUAAACUGGCAGGAAAGAGUCGAUCGGGCAGAUUCUAUUUGCCAAGCUUAGUAAUGAAAGAAAUACCAAAGGAGAAUGGAUGUAAAUUCUUUUCGUGCUGCUAGUUUUGAGAGCAAGUCUAGUCGAUGGAGGACAAUGUAUACAUGGAUUCAUUGUACUAAACUGCUUUCUGAAGAAACAUUGUUCAGCUCCAAAUGGUCUCCCUAAUUAUACAGUCGAUGCAGACACAGAUACUGGCUCAGUAUACCAAGGUCAGACCUCGGAAUGAUAAAAGCUUUGUCUUUGAGUUUUUCAUGAUCUUUCAUUAUGAAAUGCAGCUCACUCCUCUCUGCUUUGGGCUUGCUAACAAUCUGCACCUUAAAGUGUUAUCAAAGAUUUUUAGAUGUGGCAAGGAUACUGUGAAAGGUUUGCACUUUAUAUGUAUAUAAAUAAAAAGGCAUUUACAUUUUUUAUUAACCGAC